AUGACAGCUCCGGGGCGCAACGAAACGAAGAAACAAGAGAAUCAGAAAGCCUACUGUAAUGGUAUAGAUGACAAUCCGGUUAAUGAUCUUUGGACUAAUGGAAUCAUUUAUGCGUUUGAAUUUGUUCGAGGGCAUAAGAAGGCCCUCUCAUCGCCACUAGUUGUCAAGGAUGUGGCGAAGAAGCAAGUUUCGAAGAAGCCAGUUUCUUCACCUCCCCUCGCAAAUUCCCGAGUUGGUCAGAAUAAUGUAGAAUGCAAUAACCACAGCCAGGACUCUCAUUCAGGCCGUUUCUGUGCCAAAGAAGGUGUUCCAAGAAAUUGUUGGGUGCCGAUUGGCUGGGAUAGGAUAUCGGAACUGGUCCAGACAGUGCAAGUUGAUGCUUGCUGGGAGGAGCCAAACGGCUUCACAGAGGAUGACGAUGAUGUUACUGUAGCAUAUGUCGCAGCUCCUUACUGGGAACGGCCAGUAGGUCCUACAUAGUGGUGUCAUGUAGAUGCCGGGCAUCCAUACAUCAAUUGGUGGCUGAGUACUGCUCAAUGGUUACACCCGGCUGUCAGUAUUGCUUUGCGAGAUGAAAGUAAGCUGAUAAGCGAGCAAAUGAAGCACCUCCUGUAUGAGGUUCCUGUAAGGGUUGCUUGUGGCCUAUUAUUUGAGCUCCUAGGCCAGUCAGCAGGUGAUCCACUUGUUGAUGAAGAUGACAUUCCCGUUGUCUUACGAUCAUGGCAGUCACAGAAUUUUCUCGUAACAGCAUUGCAUGUUAAAGGUUCUGCACAAAAUGUUAAUGUCCUAGGAAUAUCAGAAGUCCAGGAACUGCUUGCUGCUAAGGGCAUUAGCAUGCCACGGAAUAUUCACGAAGUCAUAGCACAUUUAGCUUGUCGACUUGGACGUUGGGAUGAUAGAUUAUAUCGCAAAUUCAUAUUUGGGGCUGCAGAUGAAGUUGAGCUGAAGUUUAUGAACAGGAGAACUCACGAAGAUAUGUAUCUAUUCAGUAUAAUAUUGAACCAAGAAAUCCGAUGGUUAUCAACCCAGGUUAUUAGGGUGAAGUGGUCACUCCAUGCAAGAGAGGAGAUCAUGUUCUUGCUUCUUCACCACUUGAGAGGGGACGCCACAAAGGGAUUGCUGGAAGGAGUAAGAAAGAGUACAAGGGAAAUGAUUCAAGAGCAAGACGCUGUUCGCAGUCGCUUAUUUACUAUUCAAGAUGUGAUGCAGAGCACUGUUCGGGCAUGGUUGCAGGACAGAAGCCUCACAGUGACACAUAACUUGGGAGUUUUCGGUGGUUGUGGCCUUCUUCUUUCUAUCAUCACUGGCCUUUUUGGGAUCAAUGUGGAUGGAAUACCGGGAAAGGAAGGAUCACCAUAUGCAUUUGCUCUGUUUUCGGCCAUUUUGGUCUUGUUAGGGGUUGUGCUGAUUGGAAUUGGAUUGGUUUACCUUGGCUUAAAGAAACCUAUUGUUGAAGAAGAUGUCGAAGUUAGAAAACUCGAGCUUCAAGAGCUCAUUACUAUGUUUCAACAAGACGCAGAGUCACAUGUGCAGGUUCGAAAAACUGUUCCUAGAACCAACCCAACUGCUGCAGGUAGACUCUCGGAAAGUGCUGCAGGUUAUGUUCUCAUCAGCUGA